AUUUUUCAGGCACCACCUAAUGUUGUGACAUCUGAACAAAGGCAUGCAGCAGAGGCAAUUAUAUUGGCAUUCAGGAAAACUAAGCUGCCUUAUAAUACAUGUAGAUAUAUAUUGGAAAAUACAAAGAGUGACUAUGUUUUGUUCCAAACUGCGACCACUUUAAAAGAAGCAAUUAUCAGAGAAUGGACUUUAUUAAGCCCGGAAGAUAUUGAAUCAUUAAGAUCAUUCUUACUUAGAUACAUAACAAAACAUAUCAGUUUACAGAGUUAUGUUCGAGAACAGAUACUACAAACAGUAGCUGUUAUAUUAAAACGUGGUACAUUGGACAGUAAGGGUACAGGAUGUGAUAAUAUGUUUACUGAUGUCACAAGUUUAAUUGGUAGUGGUAAUGUUACAAUGCAACUAGUAGCCUGUUCAAUGUUAACAUCAUUAUUAAACGAAUACUCUAGUUCCAGUAGAACAAGUAAUACAGGUUUUACAUGGGAAUUUCAUACAAAGUGUAAACGAGCUUUUGAGACAAACAAUUUAAAGAAAGUAUUUUUAUUUUGUCUACAAGUAUUGAAUGAAAUUGAUGCUCAGCCCUCACCAUUAACUAGAGAAGCUACAGCUGUAUUAAAUAGAGUAUUAUCUAUAACAGAACAGGUGUUAUCAUGGGAAUUUUCACCCAAAUCAUUAUUACGAAGACGUGUUGGGUUAUUUGAAACUAAUAAUUAUGUUACAUUAAAACCUAAUGAAGCUUGGAGAGAUACAUUAUUAGACAGAAAUAUAUUACAGUUAUUUUUCAAGAUUCAUGAAAAAGCCAGAUUUAAUUCUGAAAUGGCCCAUCAUUCAAUUCAAUGUAUUGGACAACUGGCAUCUUUAAAUGGUGUAAUAUUUACUAACGAUGAAUCCAGAAAACAAUAUCUACAGUCAUUUUUAGAUGGUUUUCUUCAUUUACUUGGGAGCAUUGAAUUACAAGAUUUUGAGAAUUUAGGAGUAGCCACAAUUUUUAAAAAUAUUUUCAUGAUGUUCCCAAUAAAGAUCUUCAUGGCUUUACCAGAAACACAUUUCCAGGCUUGCGUUGAUCACAUGACUAGGUUAACAUGUCACAUGGGAAGACUGGCUGCUUUGGAGGAAGCUCUGCACAAAGAUGAUUGUAUUUAUAUGGAUGGUUAUGAGAAGAUGUUAGAAACAUGGAUGCAGUUAACAUUAGAGAUUAAUCAAUUACCUGAAGGUUCAUUAAAACCUCAAGCUACUGAAGUCUUUCAUUCUUAUUUACAAUGUCAUAUCAGCCCACCCGAGGGUUUAAGAUCUCAGGUAGGUCAUGUUGAUUCAGGUAUAGAUGAUGAAGAACUUGGUGAAUUAGAUGAAGAUGAUAGAGACAAGUUCUCUGAUCAGUUAUGUUGUAUUGGUGCUCUAGCUAGAAUCAUACCAGAACAUUCCAUACCAUUAUUAGCCAAAGUAUUAGAAGAGCGUGUUAGUAGAUUACAUGGUCAAUUACAGAGAUUACAGCAACAUCGUGAUACGUCCGGUACACUCAACGCCUCCUUUGAUACCUCAAUACUUAAUAUAUUACAUGAAGAUCUACAUUGGUUAGUAUUAGUCGCAGCUCAUGUACUAACAGAAGAGGCAGAAGGAGAAACACCAAUGAUACCCUCCAAUAUAAUGCAAUAUUCUAUAACAACUAGUCAGACUAUAGAUCUACAUACAACAUUAAAAGUGUUAGCAUCUCCCGGUGAAAGAGUAGAAGAUAUACCUGGUUCUCAAUCUACAGAUAAUGUUGUCAGGUUGAUAUCAGCUGUAUUUAGAUUAUGUGAAGUAGAAACUAGAGCUGUUAAUGCUAAACUGACAGAUUGUGUGAGUCCACAAGUUGGUAGUACGUGUAUGUGGUUUUUACGGCGAUGGGUGUUAUCAUAUUUAUUACCAGAUGAGAACUAUUAUUCACAGAUGAGCAUGGCAUUACAAUCAGCGUUUGGUCGUGAUACAGAUGGUGCUCAGUGGGUCAUAGCAUUCCUUAUUCAGAAAAUUAUAUCUAAUAUAACUACAUGGAGUUCUGAAGAACAACUUGUAGAAGAUUCUUUAAAAGUUUUAGUUGCCUUACUUAAAAAUGGUUCAAAAGCUGUUUAUGUAGUGAAAUGUAAUUUAUUAUGGGAUCUUGCCAGAUUAGAAGCUAAUAAUGGACCACCUUUAUCAUUAUUAUCAUCAAUUUCUAGAAGAUUGUUAUUGAAGGCUUUAGUGCUAGCCGGCUCAGCUUUCAAAGACCCUCCAGUAAAAGAAGAGUUUUGGAAAAUAAUAUUACAGUCUAUACAAGAAAGAUUUUAUGGUUUAAUAUGUGGAGAAAACUUUGUGAAAACUUUCCAUAAUGUAGAAGUUCAAGAGAGUGUGUGUUGUUUAUUAGAAUCAUUAUUAGGUAUUGCUCAAGGUACACGAGUGGACAAUAUGGAGAGAUUAUUUUUAUAUUUAAGUCCAUUUUUAGCUGAAAGUGUUAAAUUAAUAGAGGUUUACCACAAUUAUGAAUCUAUUAUAUCAUUGAUAUUAGAAUUAUACUCAGAAGUUGUUCAGAGACAUUUAUGUUAUCUAGGAGAGUCAAACUGUAAGAAAUUAUAUGAUUUAUGUCUAUCAGCAAUACAAAUGUACUCUAAACAUAAUACAGGUAAAAGAAUAGUAGAUGCUAGUGAAGAUGAAGAAACUAAAUAUAGAGAUAUUUUAACUGUCAUGGAAUUAUUAACUAAUUUACUCUCUAAAGACUUCAUAGAUUUUGGACCAGCUGAAGAAACACCGUCUAAUAGUCAAGUGGAAGGGGCAGAUGUUGUGAUGUAUGGUUUAAACAUUGUUAUACCUAUCAUGUCAUUAGAGCUUUUAAAGUUUCCAACACUGUGCUCACAGUAUUUUAAACUAUUAACCUUUUUAAGUGACGUGCAUCCAGAGAAAUUUACAACGUUACCAGAGAAUUUAUUUAAAUCUUUAGUCACCUCAAUAGAACAUGGUCUCACAGCUUUUGGUUCUGAUAUUACAAAGAUGUGCCUUGAAAUUAUUACCUCCCUUGCCAGUCAUGUGUUCGACUCAAAUUUUACUGGUUCAACUCUCCAUACAGCAAUGUCACAUUUUCUAAAGAUAGUAUUUCAUAUGUUAUUACUAGAAAGUUUUGAUAUGGAUUUGAUAGAAACUGCCAGUACAGCUUUAUUCUGUUUAAUAUGUUGUCAUCAGGAUCAAUAUAAAGAAUUAGUUAAUCAAUUAUUACAGAGUCAGUUAGAAGAUCAGUAUAAACAACGUUUACUAGUGGCCUUUAAUAACCUGACACCAUCCACAUUAACUAUGACUAUCAAUCGACAGAGUAAAAUAGCCUUUAUGCAUAAUUUUGACCAGUUUUUGGUGAAUGUUCGAGGAUUUCUCUGUGUUAAAUAA